GAUGCCUUACCAGGUAAAGGAGCAUGUACAGUUGUUCGCGACAACACAACACCACCAUUUGAAAACGAGGCAUGAAUUGUAUUGAUAGUGUUAUCCGUGGGGGUCGUGUGAUCGAUCCUAAAAACGAAAUUGACAUUAUUGGGGAUGUAGCAAUCCAUCAGGGCUUGAUCCAUUCAGUCGGAGAGGGGUUGCAGGUUACAGGAAAAGAAGAGUUCAACGCCGAGGGUUGCCUGGUAACGCCUGGACUUAUUGACGGUCAUGUCCACUGUUACCAGUAUGCCACUCCCCUUGGGAUCAACCCGGAUGAGCGAUGUCUGUCGCGUGGAGUGACGACUGUUGUGGAUGCGGGAAGCGCAGGGUCGUCCACCUUUCCUGGGUUGCGAAAUUUCAUAGCUGAGCGGAGUGAAACUCGGGUUCUUUGCUUCCUGCAUAUAGCGGCACAUGGACUAGCGGCCGCAGGUUGUAGCGCUGGGGCCCCGGGUGGUGAGUCUGAUUGUUUGAAUCAGCUGGAUGUGACGUCAUGUCGGGAUGUUUUGGAACAAAACCGGGACAUGAUUGUUGGAGUUAAAGCGAGGCUGUCGGAAACCAUUGCAAAUCAAGGGGAAAAUGAACAGGAAGUGUACAGACGAGCGAUGGAGGUAGGCAGGCUGUGUAAAGUACCGACAAUGGUUCACCAUACACUGUCAACCGUACCUACACAGGGUCGAACAGGUGACAAACGUCUCUGCUGCCCACGUGACAUGGCUCCUGGUGAUAUUUACACACACACCUAUCACGCAUUCCCCAGUACAAUUAUCGACCUGGAAACCGGCAACAUACACGAUGACGUCAUUGAAGCACGGAGAAAAGGAGUAUUAUUUGAAACUGGGCAUGGUCAGGGAUCUUUCAGCUGGACAGUGGCAGAAAUGUGUGCCAAGAGUUCUUUUUGGCCAGAUAUCAUAGGGACGGAUCUCCAUUCCGGGAAUAUGGAUGGUCCAGUUUACGAUCUUCCACGGGUCAUGACGAAAUUGUUACACCUGGGAAUGCCUCUUUAUGACGUCAUUUCCGCUGUAACUGUGAAUACAGCCAAGGCUAUAGGAAAAGGGGGUGAAAUAGGCUCUUUGUCCACGGGGUUAGAGGCAGAUGUGACGGUGAUGAAAAUCGAGGAAAUUGAGCGGGAAUUGGAGGAUUCUCAGUCCCAGACGAGACGUGUACGGCAGUGGUUCACUCCAGUAGCUGUUUGGAGAAAAGGGAAACGGCAUGAAAUUACUGAACCGAGAGAAAUUCCAAACAUGGCUGCCAUGAAAAUGAACGCGAAGGACUGGCCGUUACUGUUAGUCAAGGAUGCGAAUCCUCCUUCUGUUUUACAGGGUAAAUAAUGGCUAAAUAACCAUUACAACGUCGGCGACAACGCACAACGACAAUGGCGACGACACAUAACGACAAUGACAAAGACAACGCACAACGAAAAUGACGACAAAUCACAACGACAAUGACAAAUAACAACGGCAAUGACGCAACGCACAACAACGAAAAUGACGACGACAGCGCACAGCAACGAAAAUGAUGACGACAACGCACAACAACGAAAAUGACAACGACAACGCAUAACGACAUUGACGACGACAUCGCACAAGAAAAACGGCAACAAUGACAACAACAGACUAGAUGUACUAAACAAGACAUUUGAUUCAUUAUUUGAUAUUUCGCGCUAGUCAAAAUUAUUCCGGUCAACUGUUAAACAGUUUUGCCGAUAUGACGUCAGAACAAUCUCUGACCUGCAUUAAUAGGGCCGCCAAACCUCCUUUUGUUGUCGAGGGUAAGUAAUGGUCUCACUUAAACAACAAGGGCGUCGAUGAUAACACCAAAGGCAAGAGUUAACUUUCUAGUCGGAGCCAGGACAUCUGAAGCAUUACUUCAUUGUCUCUCUCAUUACUUUCAACAUUAUUUGUAGUCACUGCUUGGUUUUAGCGAUGUAUAGCAAGAAAAAUAUAUUUUUGAAGUAUUU